GAACGCCGCAAUCAGCAAUGUUCCAGAUAUAUGACGGCAGCAUUUGAUAACGAUAUAAACACGAGUGUCAAACCGCUAGUGUCGUCAUAACUCGCCCUACAACGAAGAUGGCUGAAGUACCUGAGCAGAGCAAACUAUCCUACAAUUUCUUGGGCAAGUCUGGACUGAAGGUGGCCAACAUAUGUCUCGGCACGAUGACGUUUGGGGAUUCAGGGGCCAAGCGACCCGGUCAGGCCACAGAGGAGUACUCCCACCAGGUGCUUGACCGCUACGUCCAGUGGGGAGGCAACUUCCUUGACACCGCUGACGUCUAUUCGCAAGGACUAUCCGAGAAGUUCCUUGGAUCCUGGCUAGCAAAACAGUCACGUGAGCAGUUCGUUGUAGCCACAAAGGUCAGGGGUAACUCGGCGGUUGGUGUUGGACUCAGUCGACGCCAUAUUGUCAACAGCAUCGAAAGAAGUCUUGAGAGGCUUCAGACUGACUAUGUGGAUCUGUACCAGAUGCACCUCUGGGAUGAUGGAACUCCUAUUGAAGAAACACUCCGCGCAUUUGAUGACCUGGUUCGAUGUGGGAAGGUGCGCUACGUCGGUGCCAGCAACGUGGUGGGUUGGCAGCUACAGAAGAUAGCCUGUACAUCGGAGAAGCUUGGCUUGAACCCCUUUGUCAGCUUACAGCAACAGUACAGCCUGGCGUGUCGGGAGACGGAGUUCGAACCUCUCCAGGUGUGCAAGACCGAGGGAUUAGGGGUGCUGCCUUGGAGCCCUCUCAAGGGAGGCCUGCUGUCUGGGAAGUACACACGAGACUCUCCCCCGACAAGUGGGCGCCUGGGCUGGGUGAGAGAAGAUGAGAAACGAGCUAGCCAGGCCUGUCCAGGCUGGAGCGCCCUGGAGGGGAAUGAUCAGAUCUGGAACAUCAUUGAUGCACUACAGGACAUCGCGAAGACACAUGGUAAAUCCAUGGCCCAGGUGUCACUGCGCUGGCUGCUACAGAAAGAUGUUGUUCCAUCUGUCAUCAUCGGAGCCACAUCUCUGGAACAGCUGGAUGACAACCUGGGAGCUGCUAGUGGCUGGACGCUGUCAUCGGAGGAGAUGACACGACUGGACGAAGUGUCUCAACCCAGAAUACCGUAUCCAUAUGAAAUGCUUUGGAGACUCAACAAAUCUCGGCGCAACCCCUUCCAGUCAUCGUACUUCGUCUCCAACUCAGACUGAUCACAAGAAGCUGCCAAGCACAGAGCAACCAGCUGGUCUUUUACACUGGACAUCUUCUGCAUAAUUACAUUGAAAUAGUGAUAAAAUUUUCACUGAGUGAUUGCACGAGGA